AUGGUGAUUAAAAACUCCAUCAACGUUUUUACAAUAUCCGAAAAUCAACAAUCGAAAGAAAAUAAAAUUAUUAAUCGAGAACGAUUUAAUUGGUUCUUAUAUUUAACAGCUUUCGUUGUUAAUUUAUCAUCAAUAGCUGCGGGGAUAUCAUACGCAUGGUCAUCACCGGCAAUUCCAAAGCUAAAAAUUCCAGUUCCUCACGAAGAUAACCCCUUAACAAAGGAUUUAACGUUAAACGAAGAAUCUUGGAUAGCCUCGUUCCUCCCAGUUGGGGCAUUAUUCGGCGCUUUCACAUCCGGGGCUUUAUUCCCAUCAAUCGGGAAGAAAAAAACCCUUUUAAUAACCAUAACCCCAAUUAUUUUAUCAAACAUAAUAGUCGCGUUUUCAACAAACGCUUAUAUCUUUUACGUGGGAAGAUUUCUUGCUGGGAUAACAGUUGGGGCAUCAACCACGGUUAUCCCACUUUAUUUAUGCGAAAUUGCCGAAUUAAAUAAUCGCGGAAGUUUGGGGUGUAUGUACUCGACGUUUUUAUCGAUUGGGAAUUUGUAUAGUUAUGUAAUUGGGCCUUGUUUGGAUUUAACAACGUUUAGUUUGUCUUGUUUGUGGGCCUCGGUGGGUUUCUUUGUUAUAUUUCCUUUUUUCCCGGACACCGUUUUAUUCUAUUUGGACCAAAAAAAUGAGGGGAAAGCUUCGAAAGUUUUGCAAAAAUUUCGCACGACGAAUUCCGACGAAGAAUUUAAUCAGAUUCAAUCGUCUUUUGUGAAUAAAAUUGAGAACAAUGAGAAUUCUUGGGUUAUCUUUAAGCAAAAAAGUUUUCGUAAAGGUCUCGUUAUUUGCCUCUCUUUGAUUGCGUUUCAACAAUUUUCUGGGAUAAGUAUUAUUAUUUUUUAUAUGCAAUCGAUUUUUGAUAGUACGGAUUCUUCGAUUUCUUCUUAUAUUUCAACAGUUGCUGUUGCGAUCGUCCAAUUAAUUUUUUGUGUCAUAUCUGUAAUGAUAGUUGAUAAAUUGGGAAGGAAAGUUCUUUUAUUGUAUUCAGCUUUUGGGACAGUUUUAGCCCUAAUUUUAUUAGGGGCCUAUUUUUAUUUCCAAGCGAACGAAUACAACAUGGAUUUCUUCUCUUUACUUCCAAUUGGAAGCAUUUUACUUCACAUGGCUGCUUAUAACGUGGGAUUUGGCCCAGUUCCUUUCGCCAUUCUCGGUGAAAUUUUUCCCCCAACUCCAAUCGCCUCUACAUUAACCGCCGUUACUUGUUUAUCAUUAACCUUUUUUACAACCAAAUUCUUUCCUAGUAUGGUUAAUUUAAUCGGACAACAUUACUCGUUUUGGCUGUUGGCCAUCAUCAUGAUUAUUGCAAUGAUUUUUAUUGUUGUUUUCGUCCCUGAAACUAAAGGGAAAUCUUUAAAGGAAAUUAUGGCGAUUUUAGAACAAUAA